AUGUUGCGCAUGGCUUCUCUCAAUUGGUUCAAGACUGAUGCCCAAGGCUCCAGCUUUUGGUCCAAUUCCAGUUGCAACACGUUUGAGCGAAGAAAUGGCUGUGCCCUACUUUUCUCAAAGUCUUCCCCCGUUCAACAUCUCACGGAUGUUACUCCACUGGACCUGCCCGAGAUUGCCCAAAACCGUUAUCUAGUGGUCAAAGGGAACUUGGAUGGCAUCGUGAUAUACAUCCACGUGCUUUACGCCCUCACUGGUGAUGACCCGCGAAAAGCAGAAUUUUUCACUGCUCUGCCAACGGACUUCGACGGGAACUCUCGCCACAUUAUUUGUGGUGAUUUCAACCUCGUUUUGAACCCAACUCUCGACAAGGUCGUCCAUUCCCAUCGUCGGCCAACCGGCCUUGACGCAUUAGAGCGCUGGAUGUCCUCACUGGGCGUGGUCGACUCCUGGAGACUGCUCAACCCAGACUCCCGUAAGCACCUCUUUCGGCUGCAGAAUUUCCAAGUGCAAUUCAAGCUGGCCCGGAACACAAGGCUCCUGUCCCGGACGGACUUCUCUGGGGCACCCUGCUGGAGAUUGUACACGCGUUCAACUUUUCAAGAAAACGCAUGA